AUGUGGCUGCAGAACUUGCUUCUACUGGGCACUGUGGUCUGCAGCAUCUCUGCACCCACCCGCCCGCCCAGUCCUGUCACCCGGCCCUGGAAGCAUGUAGAUGCCAUCAAGGAAGCCCUGAGCCUCCUGAACCACAGUCAUGACAUGCCGGCUGUGAUGAAUGAAACAGAGGUUGUCUCAGAAGAGUUUGACCCUCAGGAGCCAACGUGCCUGCAGACCCGCCUGGAGUUGUACAAGAAGGGCCUGCGCGGCAGCCUCACCAAGCUCGAAGGCCCCUUGACAAUGAUAGCCAGCCACUACAAGCAACACUGUCCCCCAACCCCGGAAACUUCCUGUAUGACCCAGUUUAUCACCUUCAAACAUUUCAAAGAGAACCUGAAGGGCUUUCUGUUUGACAUCCCCUUUGACUGCUGGGACUCGGUCCAGAAGUGA